AGGACAGUGAUGAUGAUGAUGAAGUCACUGUUAGUGUGGACCGAGAUCGCUUCAUGGAUGAGUUCUUCGAACAGGUGGAAGAAAUUCGAGGGUUCAUUGAUAAAAUUUCAGAGAACGUGGAGGAAGUGAAGAGGAAGCAUAGUGCCAUCCUUGCUUCGCCCAACCCGGAUGAGAAAACGAAGGAGGAACUGGAAGAGUUAAUGUCCGACAUAAAAAAGACAGCGAACAAAGUGCGCUCCAAGCUAAAGAGUAUUGAACAGAGUAUUGAACAAGAGGAAGGACUGAAUAGGUCAUCUGCUGACCUGAGGAUAAGGAAAACUCAGCACUCGACACUGUCACGCAAGUUUGUGGAAGUGAUGUCUGAGUACAAUGCCACGCAGACCGACUACAGGGAGCGCUGCAAAGGGAGGAUUCAAAGGCAGCUGGAGAUCACUGGCAGGACCACCACCAGUGAGGAGCUGGAGGACAUGCUGGAGAGCGGGAACCCAGCCAUCUUCUCUUCUGGGAUCAUUAUGGAUUCGAACAUCACCAAGCAGGCGUUGAACGAGAUUGAGACACGGCACAGUGAGAUCAUCAAACUGGAGAACAGCAUUCGAGAGCUGCAUGACAUGUUUAUGGACAUGGCCAUGCUCGUGGAGAGCCAGGGUGAGAUGAUUGACCGCAUCGAGUACAAUGUGGAGCACUCCGUGGACUACGUGGAGCGGGCCGUAUCUGACACCAAAAAAGCGGUGAAGUACCAGAGCAAAGCCAGACGGAAGAAGAUCAUGAUCAUUAUCUGCUGUGUGAUCCUGGGCAUCGUCAUCGCCUCCACCUUUGGCGGCAUUUUCGGCUAGACUCUCCCCACGGGACUGUUUGUGUGCGAUGGACGGAGCUGUGUGUGCCGCAGGGCCGCAACCGAGCUGGAGCCGAACCACGCAGCCCCGGAGCCUCCCAGCAGCAUUUCAGUUUCUAAUGCAUGGUUGUUUGUGACGCUGUAUGUGCGGUGCAGUGCGUCUGUGUGGAGGGAGUGCCGGCCCCGGGGCACAGGUGGGGUGCAGGGGCCUGUGAUGGGUGCAAGGGGGACCAUGGGGGCAACCCGAGCUCACAUCACUGCUCCAGCCUGGGUGGCUGGCUGGGACCAGGGUGGGGGCAGGUGCCCUUGGGUGCUGCUGCUCCUCCUGUGCUAGGCAGUCUGCAUCAGCCACAGCUGAGGGCAGGAAAGGACUAGCAAAGGGUGUUACGGGGUCCAUGGGAGCAUAGUGCCCAGCCACCCUCCCCCCUGGCUUUGCCAUCACUCCAGGUCGAGCCCACAUGUCCAUCAGCCUCAUGUGUGUUUGAGAAACCACCUUCCUUGGGCUGCUUCUUCCGGGGGCACUUCCCUGUGUGUAUGCUUUGCCAGGCCCUGCCUGCCCUGGUCCCUCCUGUCACUGCCCUCCCCAUGGCUGUGCCCAGCUGCAGGUCCCUGCUCUGCAGCCACUGC